CGUGUUUUUCAACGUGGGCGAGACCACGCUUAUAUGGAGAUGUUGAAUGGGAGUCGCGAAUGGGAAACAGGCUGCAUGGAGGAAGAGGGCUGCUGCUGCUGCUGCUGCUGCUGCUGCGUGGAAGGAGAAGGAGAGGCAGGAUUACAUCGGAAAACCACUUUGUUUAAGUUUCUCCGCCAGAAAGAGACACGACUACAGCGAAUGGCCCAGUUCGUCGCCGCGGCGCUCCUACUGCUGACUGCAGUGGUUCUGGCUUUGCUGGUCACGGUUGUGUUGGGAGGGCGAUGUCAUCAUCAGUUGAUGAAGCAGCCCGACAGCCUAGCAGUGGGCAGCGAUGGACAGCAGCAACCAGACGACUUCAAGAAUCCAAGUGCCAUGCUAACAGUGCCUAGUGACAACAGCCUUGAUGGGGAAUAUCUUAAAUGGGAGAGUAAAGCUGGAAAUGCCUUCUGUCAUGGAGGUUUCAACUACUCCAGUGGGAACCUUGUAGUUCCCAGGAAGGGCCUCUACAGAGUCUUCCUGCAGAUCACCUAUGAGAGCAAGGAUGGCUUCAAGUGUCCCAGUGAUGAGGAGCUGAGACUCACCAACGAGGUGUUCGUUAUCUCGGAUAAUUACAAUGAGGAUAUGGCCCUCCUGUCAUCAGUCGACACAGUGAAUUGCAGCAUGAAACAGUGGAGUAAAUCCACCUAUACGGCCGGCUUGUUCCUUCUAGAGGCUAACAGCAGACUACGCGUGACAUCAUCGUACCAUGACAUUAUUACAAAAAAAGAAUCCCAGGUGUUCUUCGGUGCUGAGCUGCUGCCUCAGUAACCUGGUCAGACAGUUAGAAGCUCUUAAAUCUGAUCUUGCAGUUGUUUGCACCUUCAAUUAUAUGGAAACUAAAGAGAAUAUACUAGUGCAGUUUUACGGUUUUCAUUUACCACUAGUGCACUGCCUGUUUGGAACGGUCCGAUUUCUUACCUCUGGUAUUGCUUAAAAAAACAUUUAUUUGAACAACCCAGGGACGUGAACAAGCAUUUGUAAGGGCUAUUGCUCUUACCUGGACAAAAAAAAAAAGACAGCCAAAGACAAUAUAAAUAAAGUAACACAACACAAAAUUGGAAGGUAGCGAUUUAAUUUGAUUCACUUUAGUAAUGAUGGGCUUAUGCUAUUUGCUGUUGCAUAGCAAAUACAAGAAAAGAAAGAAAAGUUUAUUUCAGGCUUUUUCCCCAGAGGAACAGCUGAGCCUAUAAGGGCAAACCAGCUGUUGCCCGGGUAACAAUAGCUUGUACUUGUGCAUGUCCCUAAAAUAACUUCAUUCUCUACAUACGCGUGAUUUGCUAAUAGCUAGCUAUUUGGGACAAGGCUAUUUCUUGGGAAUUUACUAAUGCUUGAAAAGUUUGAGUUUGCUACAAUGUAUCGUCUCCGCUCUCUCUUUCAUCAUCUGUUCUUAAAUGUACUGUAGCAAGCGACCGAGAGCAAGCUGUACUCAGCUGUUUAGUGGGGUAACAGGUAAUAGGGGUCCACGCUCAAUACACUACACAGUUUGUAUGCACUACCUAUCCCUUUGUCCCGUAUAUCUUAAGAGCUCGCACUUGACACUGCUCUUCCUUUGGUCUUCAGCAGCACGCCUGCCAAGUGUGAAGUCGAUCGGAUGAACGGUUGUCGAGAAACCCAAAGGACAGACAGACAGACAGAGACUCCUUCCAUUUUAGUUACUGUAUGUAACUGCUCAUGAAAAGUCUAAACCCACUGAUAAAUAUGCAACAGCAAUCAGCAGUAUCUUCUCGACUAAAGGUUUGUUGAAGUUAUAAGCUGCAUUGUUUUGAACUCAUUGAUACCAGCUCAAAGAGACAUACUGAUGGCUUAAUAAGGAUUCAACUAUGAUUAGCUAGUCAAAAAAAAAACAUCCCCCUGUAUUAAAUAUAUCCUAUAACUUAUUUGACAUGCUUGAAAUAAAAAACAACCAUUUUGUCACGAUGUUUAGAGCAAGUUGAUUAAUUGAUCAUAAGAAAAUGAAUCAAAUUAUUUUUUUUAGUUGUUUAUAAAUCGUGGGGUAACUCUUUCUAGUAGGUUAGGUUUUUUUUCUGUUUUACUUGAUUCAAUAUCUUUGGGAUUUAGACUGGUGGUCAGACAAAGUAAGCAAUUUGAAGAUUCAAACUUAGGCUUUAAAAAAGUAUUUUCCGACAAUUUCCAAACAAACAAAAAAAUGAACUAAAAAAUUAUGUCAUGGUAAUUUGCUUAUUAGAAAGUCAUAUUGGCAUUACUGUAGAUUGAAGCACAGAGAAUAAAAGCAUUAGGAUACGUUCUUUGGGGAAGACAACUUUCCACAGUAAAUACUGCAGACAGUUUUUCAAGAUGGCCAAAGCAUUUUGUGCUGGUGGGGGCUAUAUCUUGUUUUGGACAGAUAUCUUGCUCUAAAACGUUGCACAGACAGGCAAAUUUAUUGAAAAUGCCACCAUAGUUUUCCCCACCUUUAGACUGUACUGUAAAGUAGCAAGCAUGGCUGUGUUAUUGUGGGAAGGAUUCCAGGGAACACUGAGUAGGCUAGGUCAAUAAAGCAUUUUGCUUUUGGCCUGUGUACAACACCAAUAUGUAAGCAGACCUAAGCCCAAAAUGUUGUUAGAUUAAUUGGUGCCCUUAGCAACAGCUGCUAUCCUUUGUUUCCAGUCGCUGUGCGAUGGAAUACCUUGGUAGCCCUUGCUGGAAAUAAGCUAACCCGCAUGUGUUUUUAACUAGGUCACAUUUUUUAAUAGUUGUUACUAAAAAAGGUUAAAAGCAGGUCAGUCUGUUAAACCCUGUGGAGUACAUAAGUCAUUUCAAUUCGAGAUGUCAAUUGGAAAAAC